GAAAGAGAGAGUAAUAUAGACUGACUCCUUGUCGCCCAGUCCCACACAAUUCUCACGCGCCAUCUGGAAUUCAGGACAUCAUGGAUGGUCCCGACCAGAUCGGUCCGCAUCUCUCUCCCCGGACGACUUUUCGGGAUCGCGCACACCGAACCAUCAAGAAAUUCACUACCAAAGAUGGCUUAAUUGGAGACUAUGACUAUGCCUUUCUCUUCACGCCUCAACUCCCAUUCAUGAAAAAGACAAGAAGAGCCGCUCCGUUUUUCGGCCUGGAGGAUAAGAUUCCAGUCGUCCUAGCCUUGCUUUUGGGAUUGCAGCAUGCGUUGGCGAUGCUCGCAGGAGUCAUCACUCCCCCCAUCCUUCUCGGGGGCUCCUCCGGUGCCAACUUUGGCUCCGAGGACUACCAAUACCUCGUCUCCACUUCCCUUAUCGUCUCCGGACUGCUCUCCGCUAUUCAGAUGUUUCGAUUUCACGUCUACGGCACACGCUACUACAUCGGAACCGGGUUGAUCUCGGUGGUGGGAACUUCCUUCGCAACCAUCACGGUGGCCACCGGAACCUUUGAGCAGAUGUACUCGACCGGAUACUGCCCCGUCGAUGGCUCAGGAAACCGACUCCCCUGCCCCAAGGGAUACGGCGCCCUCCUCGCCACCUCCUGUCUGUGCUCGCUUCUCGAAAUUGGCCUGUCGUUCAUGAGCAGCCGGCUGCUCAAGACCCUUUUCCCUCCUAUCGUGACGGGCCCUACCGUCCUGCUGAUCGGAGCUAGUCUCAUCUCGAGCGCGAUGAAAGACUGGGCCGGUGGCUCGGGGACCUGUAGCAACAACCCCGGAAAUGGCGCCCUCUGCCCCAGCGCUGACGCCCCGCAUGCCCUCCCCUGGGGCAGCGCCGAGUUUAUCGGCCUAGGCUUCCUCGUCUUCGUAACCAUCAUCCUCUGCGAGCGGUUCGGCUCCCCGAUCAUGAAGUCCUGCGCCGUCGUCGUCGGUCUCCUCGUCGGCUGCAUCGUCGCCGCAGCCUGUGGCUACUUCGACCGCUCCGGCAUCGAUGCUGCCCCCGUCGCCUCCUUCAUUUGGGUGCGGACGUUCCCCUUACACAUCUACCCGCCCUUGAUCCUCCCCCUCCUCGCCGUCUACAUGGUUAUCAUGAUGGAAUCCAUCGGCGACAUUACCGCCACCUGCGACGUCUCCCGUCUUCAAGUCGAAGGCGCCACCUUCGACUCGCGCAUCCAGGGCGGGGUGCUAGGGAGCGGGGUGACCUGCCUCCUUGCCGGCCUUUGCACCAUCCCGCCCAUGUCCGUCUUCGCGCAAAACAACGGCGUCAUAGCCCUCACCCGCUGCGCCAACCGCCAGGCCGGCUACUGCUGCUGCUUCUUCCUUGUGGUCAUGGGCGUCUUUGCCAAAUUCGCCGCGGCCCUCGUGGCCAUUCCUUCCUCCGUGCUGGGCGGUAUGACCACGUUUCUGUUCUCCUCCGUCGCCAUGUCCGGGGUUCGCAUCAUGUGCAGCGUCCAUUGGACGCGCCGGAACCGAUUCAUUCUGACCGCGUCGUUUGCCAUCGGCAUGGCCGCCACGCUGGUGCCGGACUGGUUCUCCUAUUUCUUCACCUACUCCGGCGACAACCAUGCGCUGGAGGGUUUGCUGCAGGCGGUGGAACUGGUCAUGGCGAAUGGAUUUGCGGUGACCGGGUUCCUGGGCUUAAUUCUGAAUUUGUUGCUACCCGACGACCCUGAUGACGACCCGGCAUUAGUGGAGUCGGAUGGACAGGUUGGGGGUAAAGCAGAGGGGGAAGUGGUGGUAGUUUCUUGUUCUUCGGAGCAGGGGCCGAGUCUUAAGGCUUGAUUGAUUGAUUGUCUGUCUUUCUGCUUGCGUCGUGGACUUGUAUAUAAAUAAAUAGAUGGUUUGGUUACGAUAUACUAGGAUACCCUCUGGAGGUUCAUGGAUACCCAUUGAUACGUUACAACUGUAUACCAAUUGAUCUUUUCUGUAGACCUGCC